UUUUACAUAAGUUUAAACACAUUUUUGACCCCAAUUUUUCUCAUUUUUAAAGUAGUUUUUUUUAUAAAACAAAAAUGACCUCAUCUAAUAAAAAAUCCUUUGUUCAUUCACUAGCCAGAGGUAUAAACUACAAGAAACUUUGAUUUCAGAUGAGACUUUACUUGUUAUGCUGCUCACCGCAAAAAAGGACUGUUGUUGAAAAAUUGCAGUCAACUCUACAAAAAUGAAUAUUUUUGGCUGAAAUUUUUUUGAGAGUACUAUACUUUUACAUGUUUCAAUUAUAAAUAAAAAUAAUUUUUAGUUUCCAAGAUAUAAUUUUUUUAAAAAGUCACUUUUUUUACCUGCAAGACAACAACAAAUUGUUGAUUUCAAAUUGUAACAGUUGUUUUGCAAAGUAUUCUGCCCUCUUGUAUUUUCUGUGUUAUCUUCAUCAUACAAUUACUUCAUCUAAAAACUUUCUGCGAUAUAUUCGCAACAACAAAAACAAACAAAACAAAAAAAAAUAAAACAAAAGUUUAACCACCUUCACACCACAGAAUCAAGAUCAAGCAAUCAAGUUACACAAAUUUUCAAACACCUCACCUGACCCUGACACAGCGUCUCAAGUACGAUUGCGGAUUGCGCGAAUUGGUAAAUAUAACUCCGCACGACCACGCAACUUGAAACACAAGUACGCAAACACGGUUGCGUGAAUCGUGGCUCGCAAUCGUGAAAUUUACGAGACUUGCUCGACCUGUAGAUUCUUGUCCUUCCAGCUAGUCUAAAUACGAGGACUGGCCAAGUACCUAAGAGGUGGAGGCCAUGAAAUUACAAGAAGAAGAAGAAGACAUUGAUUCUUAUUAAAAUUUACACAACAAGUGUUGUUUGUUGUUUUCGCUGGGAAUUGGGAAUAUAAAAUUAAAGUAUGGAAACAACACAAGAAGUUAGUGUGAAAACUUAUAAAAUAGAAAGAGAUAAUAAUCAGGUGUGUGAUAAUCCUUUGAGUACCUUCGAAAUUGAAAUAAAAGAGGAACCCAAGCGAGAACAUACAUACGAUGCAUUUAACUAUUCACAAUUCAAUGAAAUCUCUGAAAACACUGAAUUAGAACAAGAUGAAUAUAAAUUUAAACUAUUUGAAGAAAAUCGAACAACAAAUGAUGAAGGUUUCCCCAAGGAGGAGAACAAAAUGGAAACUAUGGAAACUUUAUAUGCACAUUCAUCUCAGAAACAAAACUACAUAGGUCAACACGCAGAAGGACAAAUAUUAAACAAACAUGUGGAAGUUGUGACUGGACAAAGAGCUUAUAAAUGCGAAAUUUGUUUAAAGCAGUUGGCUAGAAGCCAUUCUUUAAAAAGACAUUUGAGAUUGCACACUGGAGAAAAACCAUACAAGUGUGAAAUUUGUUUUAAACGAUUUAGUGAAUCAGGUUAUUUGAAAACACAUUUAAGGUUGCACACUGGAGAAAAACCUUACAAGUGUGAAAUUUGUUUUAAACAGUUUAUUGAAGCAGGUGUUUUGAAAAAACAUUUGAAAGUGCACACUGGGGAAAAACCUUACAAGUGUGAAAUUUGUUUUAAACAGUUUAGCGAAGCAGGUAAUUUGAAAACACAUUUGAGAGUGCACACGGGGGAAAAACCUUACAAGUGUGAAAUUUGUUUUAAGCAGUUUAGUGAAACAGGUCAUUUGAAACAACAUUUAAGAGUGCACACUGGGGAAAAACCAUAUAAGUGUGAAAUUUGUUUUAAGCAGUUUAGUCAAGCAGGUUAUUUGAAAACACAUUUGAAUAUACACACUGGAGAAAACACUUACAAGUGUGAAAUUUGUUUUAAGCAGUUUAGCCAAGCAGGUAAUUUGAAAACACAUUUGAAUAUACACACUGGAGAAAACACUUACAAGUGUAAAAUUUGUUUUAAGCAGUUUAGCCAAGCAGGUCAUUUGAAAACACAUUUGAAUAUACACACUGGAGAAAACACUUACAAGUGUGAAAUUUGUUCUAAGCAGUUUAGUCAAGCUUGUUAUUUGAAAACACAUUUGAGAGUGCACACUGGGGAAAAACCAUUCAAGUGUAAAAUUUGUUUUAAGCAGUUUUCCAAGAAAGCCAGUUUGGAAAUACAUUUGAGAGUGCACACUGGAGAAAAGCCUUACAAGUGUGAAAUUUGUUUUAAACACUUUAGUGAAGCAGGUUCUUUGAAAAAACAUUUAAGAGUGCACACUGGGGAAAAACCAUACAAGUGUGAAAUUUGUUUAAAACAGUUUACUACAACAAACCAAUUGAAAGAACAUUUGAGAACACAUACUGGAGAAAAACCUUACAAGUGUAAAAUUUGUUUAAAGCAAUUUAAUCAAGCAACUCAUUUGAAAACACAUUUGAGAACCCACACUGGAGACAAACCUCACCAGUGUGAAAUUUGCUUAAAACAAUUUAGUCAAGCAGGUUAUUUGAAAACACAUUUGAGAGUGCACACUGGAGAUAAACCUCACAAAAGUGUGAAAUUUGUUUAAAACAGUUUACUACAACAAAUCAAUUGAAAGUACGCUUGAGAGUGCACACUGGGGAAAAGCUUUACAAGUGUGAAAUUUGUUUAAAGCAGUUUAGUGAAGCAGGUUCCGUGAAAAAACAUUUGAGAGUGCACACAAGUGUGAAAUUUGUUUAAAACAGUUUAGUGAAGCAGAUGUUUUGAAAAAACAUUUGAGUGUGUACGCUGAGGAAAAACUUCACAAGUGUGAAAUUUGUUUAAAGGAAUUUAGUCAAGCAAUUUUUUGAAAAAACAUUUGAGAGUGCACACUGGAGAAACGCCUUACAAGUUCGAAAAUUGCUUUAAGCAGUUUCGUGAAGCAAGACUUUUAAAAAUACAUAUGAGGGUGCACACUGGAGAAAAGCCUUAUAAGUGUGAAAUUUGUUUUAAACAAUUUAGUGAUUCAGGUAAUUUGAAAGCACAUUUGAGAGUGCCCACCGGAGAAAAACCUCACAAGUGUGGAGUUUGUUCAAAGCAAUUUAGUCAAGCUAUUGUUUUGAAAAAACAUUUGAGAGUGCACACUGGAGAAGCAUCUUGUUUAUGGACCUCGCACUUCAACAAUACCACCCCGCUGAGCUGAAUAUUAAUGACUCUCUUAGUUGUCUGCAGGACUAUACAAGUGUGAAAUUUCUUCUAAGCAGUUUUGUCAAUUAUGUAAUUUGAAAAAUCACAUGAGAGUGCACACUGGAGAAAAUCCUUACUAGUGCGAAAUUUGAAGAGACAUUCGAGAGUGCGACGAGACAUUCGACGAGUUUCAAAUUCAUUUGAAAACCCAUUUGACAGUAUGUUUGAUUUAAGCAGUUAUCUUAUACAAAUAUUUAUAUACAGACUGUUUCAUUAAUAAUUGUCCAUAUAGUAACUGGAGAAACCUUAGCACAAAAUUCGAAGAUUUAACCUAAAACACUUCAAUAAAAUAUUCCUCAUUACCGAGAUACAGAGUGUUUUAUUACAGAUAUUCUAAAAUGAUUUUAGCCCAUUGUUAAAGCACCUUUUAAUACAUUUUUUUUUGAAACUUGACACACAGUUUACACAUGUUAGGAUACUUUGACUAGUCUUAAAAGAUUGUUUUCCGCUGUUACCAGAGGCGAUCUGUAGGGAUAUAUACUUUAUUUUCGCCCUCACAAUCUACGCCAUUGUCGUAAUAAUCAUUUCAGCCUGUUUUUUGAUUCCUUGUUACUUUUUACAUAAAUAUCCGUUUGUGUCAUUACGAUAAAGUAAGUAGUUUUGAAGUUAUUUGCGUUUAAAGGUAAUAGAUUCCAUAAGACUAUGUAUUUUAAACUACAUUCACUAAGAUUAUGUGUUUAAAAUACAUAAUUUUAUUGAAUCCAUUACAUUAAAACGCAAAUAACUUGAAAACUACUUACUCUGUCGCAUUAAGACUAAAGGAUGAUAUUUACGUAAAAAGUAACAAAUAAUCAAAAAACAUGCUGAAAUGAUUAUUACGACAGUGGCGUAGAUUGUAAUUUAACACUAGUUAAGCUACCCUAAACGUGUAAACUGUGUGUCAAGUUUGAACAAAAAAUAUUAAAAGGUGCUUUAACAAUGGGCUAAAAUCCUUUUAGAACAUUUGUAAUAAGACACUCUGUAUCUCGGUAAGUAAGAAUAUUUUAUUUAACUGCCUUACUAAUAAAACACUCGUAUUCUAAGGUUAUUCCGUAUUUAUAUCUAGAAUAGUUAUCCUAAGUAUAAGGUAGAUUUAGUACGAAAAUAAUUUGUUACUAAUAAACUCGGUAUAAGUUA